AAAAAUACCCAAAAAAUAAUAAAAAUAAAAUGUCUAAAAGAACCCAAUGGGCUUAUACGACACCGUUACUUCCCGAACAACUAAAACUACAACAACGGACAUUUCUUCACCACCAUUCGUCCGUCGAAAUGUCCACCGCCACCGUGACAGCCGUGCCUCGUAGCUCCACGUUUCUCGGGGUGGACGUCGGUACAGGAAGCGCACGCGCCGGUUUGUUUGAUGAGAAAGGAAAGCUAUUAGGCUCCGCCAGUAGUCCGAUUCAAAUAUGGAAAGAAGGCGUCUGUGUCGAGCAAUCGUCUACGGAUAUUUGGCAUGCAAUCUGUGCAGCGGUGAAAUCGGCAUGUUCACUUGCAAAUGUAGCUGGACAUGAAGUUACUGGAAUUGGAUUUGCUGCCACUUGUUCUCUUGUGGCGGUUGAUGCUGAUGGAGCACCGGUAACGGUUUCGUGGAGUGGAGAUUCGAGAAGGAAUAUUAUAGUAUGGAUGGAUCAUAGAGCUGUAAAACAAGCUGAGAAGAUUAAUUCUUCUAAUUCACCUGUUUUACAGUAUUGUGGUGGAGCUCUUUCUCCUGAAAUGCAACCUCCAAAGCUUUUAUGGGUGAAAGAAAAUCUGCCGGAGUCAUGGUCCGUCGUGUUUAGGUGGAUGGACUUGAGCGAUUGGUUGUCAUACAGAGCAACAGGGGUUGAUACUCGUAGUCUAUGUACAACAGUAUGCAAAUGGACUUAUCUUGGCCAUGCACAUAUGCAACAAAUGAAUGAAAAGGAUUCUCGAGAUAUGGAAGCUUGUGGAUGGGAUGAUGACUUUUGGGAAGAGAUCGGCUUGUGUGAUCUUACAGAUGGUCAUCAUGCUAAAAUUGGACGAAGUGUAGCUUUCCCUGGUCAUCCUCUGGGUUCUGGUCUAACAUCUACAGCUGCGCAGGAAUUGGGGCUUGAAGCUGGAAUUCCUGUGGGGACUUCACUGAUUGAUGCUCACGCUGGUGGUGUGGGGAUCAUGGAGAGUGUUCCUCCUGACUCAGAUUUUGAGGUUAAAGAACAUGAUAAAGAAGCAGUAUGUCAUCGUAUGGCAUUAGUUUGUGGUACUUCUACUUGUCAUAUGGCUGUAUCACAGAGCAAGCUGUUUAUUCCUGGAGUUUGGGGGCCAUUUUGGUCAGCAAUGAUCCCUGAGUACUGGCUUACAGAGGGUGGACAGAGUGCUACUGGUGCACUAUUAGAUUAUAUCAUAGAAAACCAUGUUGCCUCUCCUCACCUUGCAAAUCGUGCUGCUUCUCAAAACAUAUCGCUGUUUGAACUACUGAACAAGAUAUUGAAGACUAUGGUAGAUGAUCUAAAGGCUCCAUUCCUUGCCGCUUUAACACAAGAUAUACAUGUACUUCCUGACUUUCAUGGUAACAGGUCUCCAGUUGCAGAUCCGAAAGUGAAGGGAAUUAUUUGUGGCAUGACCCUUGACACAAGUGAUAGACAAUUGGCUCUUCUAUACCUUGCUGCCACGCAAGGUAUUGCUUAUGGUACUCGCCAUAUUGUGGAGCAUUCCAAUGCUCAUGGUCACAAAAUUGACAUGUUGCUUGCAUGCGGCGGCCUUUCAAAAAAUCUUGUCUUUGUUCAAGAACAUGCAGAUAUUACUGGUUGCCCUAUUAUACUACCACGAGAAAGUGAGUCUGUGCUAUUAGGUGCUGCCAUCAUUGGUGCUGUUGCUGCAAAGAAAUAUGCUGGUCUAGGUGACGCCAUGAAGGCUCUGAAUGCUGCUGGUCAGGUUAUUCAUCCAUCAAAAGAUCCAAAGGUGAAGAAAUAUCAUGAUGCCAAAUACCACAUUUUCCGGGAGCUUUAUGAGCAGCAACUUUCUCGUCGUCAGUUAAUUGCCAAAGCUUUGGAGUAGGUUUGUUACUUCUCAGUAACUUUGUGCAGGAUUGUUUCCUCUGGGAAAGUGGUGAGAUUGACAGGAAAUCAAGAAAACAACUCUUUGUAAAGUUGAUUUAAAAUAGAGAAAAAGUAAUUUUGAUACAUAAAAUUAUGUGACAGAAUAAACUAGGUCCAGUUACAUCUGUUUUUUUUAUUGGAGAUCAAAUAAACUCGAAUAUUUCUAAUUUCAUGUCCAAUGGAUCAAAUUUUUUGGCAUGGAAUUUCCUUUUGGUGUUGAAUUGAAUUAUGAACUAUGAAGUCCGAACUUAUGCUUUUAUUUGUUAA